UGGAGGAACAGGACAGAUUAUCUGUGGCUUUAUCUCUAAUUGUCCAUCAGUGUGUUUCUUUAUGCUGAGCAGGUCGCAGUGGAACACAUGGAGGAUGAAUGUCUCUAUCAUUCUACAUGUUAUAGAUCUAACCUGCAGUACUUUCCAUGGCUCCGCAGCAAUCCCUGCCUGUUAUUUCCUUUAAUAAGCUGCUUCAUGCUGAGGUGUAUAAUUUCCCGAUCCAGACCCUCUGACUCAGGAUCAGGCUGCAGCCUUCAUGCAGGUUCUGGUUCUGGAAGGAACCAGCAGUCCCUUCCUGAGGAAACACUGACCUCUAGCGGUCAGGUCGGGUACCGCAGCUCUGCUGAACAACACCAGGUCUGGUCGAUCCUUCAGUCCUCUGUGGUUUCUAGCUUGCAGGUGUUGCAGCUCUGCCUCCACCUGCUGAUGGAGGCCUAUGUUGACCUCUGCCUCUCCUUUGGACUUCCUGUGUGGAUUGCAUCUCUUCUCUGCGCUGCUCAGCGCCUCAGAAGUGACCACGCUCGACGUAAGAAGGUCUACCGCCUCAUGCAGAGGAGACUGAUGCGUCAUGGGGUUGGUGUUAAAGAGGGGAAUCACUGCCCACCUACCUACGUUUACCCUGAGGAAGUCAAGAUGUUGCUGCGCUCUGCCUUCCCAGACGACGUCUGUGGCUACGCUGACCCCGACCAUGACCAUGUGGUCUUCAUCACCAUGGAGGACCUGCAGAGCAUUGGAAACCAUUGACCUGUCCCCAGUGUGUUUGGAGGAGAAGAAAAGCUUGUUUCUGGUUUCCAUGUUUGGAUCGUUUAAUCCUGAUUGUUUUCAUUGUGACUGAACAGCAGAAUCAGUGAUGCUGUUUAGUACUUUAUGAUUCUAACUGCUGCUAUUUCCAGCAGAUUUCUGCUGUUUGUCACAGAAAUCCAUUAAACAGAUG